CUGGUUGAUGACACUAAUACAACAAGGAAAACAAUGCACUAUGCGCUAAAACCAGUACAUUCUCCGUGGGCCGGACCGAUAAGAGCUAUUGCCAUUACAGUCCCUUUAGUUGUCAUUUCAGCCUUUGCAACACUUUUCACAGUGAUGUGCCGCAAGAAACAGCAAGAAAAUAUAUAUUCCCAUCUAGAUGAGGAGAGCUCUGAAUCUUCAGCAUAUGCUGCAGGUCUCCAUGUGGAAAGACUUCGUCCCCGGCCAAAAGUGUUCAUCUGCUAUUCCAGUAAAGAUUGCCAGAAACACAUUAAUGUCAUCCAGUGCUUUGCUUAUUUUCUUCAGGACUUUUGUGGCUGUGAGGUGGCUCUGGAUUUGUGGGAAGAUCUAAAAAUUUGUAAAGAAGGCCAGAAGGAGUGGCUUAUUAAAAAAAUAAAUGAGUCCCAGUUUAUCAUCAUUGUGUGUUCUAAGGGAAUGAAAUACUUCGUUGAAAAAAAGAACUGGAAACACAGAGGAGUAACCAAAGAUGCAGGAAAAGGAGAGCUCUUUCUGUUUGCUGUGUUGACUGUUGCAGAGAAGCUUCGUCAAGCAAAGCAGAAUUCAAAUGACCUCUGCAAGUUCAUUGCUGUCUACUUCGAUUACUCCUGUGAAGGAGACAUCCCUGGUAUUCUGGAUCUAAGUACAAAAUACAAACUCAUGGACAAUCUCCCUCAGCUGUAUUCACAUCUACACUCCAGAGAUCUUAGUGUACAGGAUUCAGAGGUGUUUCCAGUUAACAUUAGUAAAAGGAAUUAUUUCAGGAGCAAAUCUGGGAGGUCCCUUUAUGUCGCUAUUUGCAAUAUGCAUCAGUUCAUUGAUCAGGAACCAGAUUGGUUUGAGAAACAGUUUGUUCCCUUCCCUCCACCUUCUUUACAUUACUCGGAGCCUGCCAUGGAAAAAUUUGAUUCAGGCUUGGUUUUAAAUGACUUAGUGAAUAAGCAGGUGAUGGAUAGCGAUUUUUACCUGAAAACAGAUACAAAUAUUAUUUCAGCAGGGAAUUCAGACUCUCACUGUAUAAUUCAGCACUUAAACCUUGGAGAAGAUGCGGAAACUCAGGACAUUCAAGGUGGCGGCAGCUCUGUUCUUCAGCCAUUAUUACAUGUUGUUAAAGCUUCAAAUCUUAAAGAUAUGCCUCGAGAUUCUGGAAUCUAUGAUUCAUCUGUUCCUUCAUCUGAAUUAUCUUUAACUUUAAUGGAAGGACUAUUGACAGACCAAAUUGAAACAUCUUCCAUUACAGGAAGUGUUUCUUCAUCAUCAGGUUUAGGGGAAGAAGAACCUCCAGUAAUCACUGCUACAAAAUUCUUAGUGCCUGGAAUAUGUAAAGCAGAACUUCAUUGCCAUCUCCAUACUGAUGAACUGCAGGCAAUUGCUCCGUUAUAACACGUUACAGCUUUGUUAUGCAUUGCCACUUUAUCAACAGCCUCUGUCUGUGCUUUAACUACCACACGGUCUCAGCACUAAAUCUACUUGAAGGAACAAAUACUCCCUGAAGAAGAUCUGUUAUUCCUAAGGGAUUUUUUUUGUGACCAGUAAACUUGAAUCUGUUGGUCUUUGCAUAAAGUCUUUCAUGAUUUGAAAAAUGCAGUAUGGAAAAAUAGAGUUUGGAAAUGGAAAAAUACAUUUCAAAAUUAUUCCUAUUACUAUUUAAAAUGUCAUGAUAUUACACUGUUUACAGAUGCCAUGAUCAAAAUUAACUCUUUUUUUUUGCUAGAAA